ACUGAAAUGACACGAAGAAGAGUGGGAAACGGAAAUUACGGCGGCCGCCUUUCCUAACGAUGCAAGAUAAACAAACCAAAUCAAUAUAUUUUAUGACAUAAACUUCGGAUUCUGAGCUAAUUCUAACGUGUAUCUAUGCAUAGAUACACUCGCAACAACGUUUCCCCUUGAAUCCCUAAUAAGUGAGGCAAAGAAGGGCUAGCAUUAUUCUUGCUAAGUUAGCUGUUAGGCUAUGUAGCUGGACGUGGUUAGCUCGUCAUGUUUACUUUAGUGCUGGGGGGAAGGAGCACGACAUGAUGGCAUGAAACUGUCGCAGUGCUAGCAAGUAACUGUCCUCUCACUAAAAGAUUGGAAACUUUUUCGUAAGGUGUAAACACAACUGCACUCCCGAGAAACCUGCUAAUCGUCAGCAUGGCGUGGGCUCUGAAGUUGCCGCUCACGGAUGAAGUGAUCGAGUCUGGACUGGUGCAGGACUUUGAUGCCAGUCUGUCGGGCAUUGGCCAGGAGCUCGGUGCUGGGGCAUACAGCAUGAGCGAUGUGCUUGCCCUCCCCAUCUUCAAACAAGAGGAGUCCAACCUGCCUCCAGACAACGAGAACAAGAUCCUACCCUUUCAGUAUGUUCUGUGUGCAGCUACUUCGCCAGCUGUUAAACUGCACGAUGAAACACUCACCUACCUCAACCAAGGGCAGUCCUAUGAAAUUCGAAUGCUUGACAAUCGGAAAAUUGGAGAACUUCCAGAAAUCAACGAUAAAAUGGCGAAGAGCAUCAUCCGCGUGGUGUUUCAUGACCGACGGCUUCAGUACACCGAGCACCAGCAGCUGGAGGGCUGGCGCUGGAACAGGCCCGGGGAUCGCAUCCUGGACCUGGAUAUCCCCAUGUCCGUUGGCAUAAUUGACCCCCGGGCUAACCCUACUCAACUUAACACUGUGGAGUUCCUUUGGGACCCUUCGAAAAGAACCUCCGUUUUUAUCCAGGUACACUGCAUUAGCACAGAAUUUACCAUGCGCAAGCAUGGAGGGGAGAAGGGCGUCCCUUUCCGGAUCCAGAUAGACACUUUCAAAGAGAAUGAGAAUGAAGAGUACACAGAACACCUGCACUCGGCCUCCUGCCAGUUCAAAGUCUUCAAGCCCAAAGGUGCGGACAGAAAGCAGAAGACUGACAGGGAGAAGAUGGAGAAGAGGGCGCCGCAGGAAAAGGAGAAGUAUCAGCCCUCCUACGAAACCACCAUCCUGACAGAGUGCUGUCCCUGGCCCGAGGUCACAUACGUCGGCAACUCCCCAUCGCCUGGCUUCAACAGCACACCCAAUAGCUUCCCAGUGCCAGAAGGAAACGGAUCGCCAAACCACCAGCCUGAGCCGGUCGUUCAGGUGGCAGAUGUAAAAACAAGUGUAUUUUUUUUUUACUGCCUGGCUACCUCCCUCAACCACUGCAUAUCAACUCUGAAAAACCAUAAACAAAGGCCUAACCCUCCUCAAGAUAAUUUGCUACCCACAGCAACACCACAGGAUGCACAACAGUGGCUUUUAAGAAACCGCUUCUCCCCCUACUGCCGGCUCUUCACCAACUUCUCAGGGGCAGAUCUUCUGAAGCUGACCAGGGAGGAUGUCAUUCAGAUCUGUGGACCAGCAGACGGUAUAAGACUCUUCAAUGCGCUGAAGGGACGGGUGGUGCGCCCGAGGCUGACCAUUUACGUCUGCCAGGAGUCUCAGCAGCCAAGGGAACAGCAACCGAAACACGAAAAUGGAGACGCGGCCGCCAACACCUUCUUUGUGUAUCACGCCAUUUACCUGGAGGAGCUCACAGCUGCUGAGCUCACAGAGAAGCUUGCUCAGCUCUUCAACAUCUCACCCAGGCAAAUAAAUCAGAUCUUCAAACAGGGUCCCACUGGCAUCCACGUGCUGGUCAGUGACGAGAUGAUUCAGAACUACCAGGAUGAAGUAUGUUUCGUUUUGGACACAAUGAAAGAUGACACAAAUGAUGGCUACCACAUCAUCUUGAAGUGAAUACUGCGCGGGAGAAUAGCGCUGUUCUCUUCUUUAGAGUCGGAUCCAGUCAGCCCCCAUAGAGCUUCAUAUUCUUCGCUGUUCCUGGAAUAUGUGGGGGCGCCCGCGAGCAACGUCUUGAGGCUGCGAGGGCGAUUAUGUGACUGACGCAGCUGGCGCUCUCCUUCCCCUACCUUAUUGUCUUACGUUUUGAGGUAGCGACUGUCACCACAGUGAAGUGAACAAUCUCCUUGUCGCCCUGCCGUUGUGUCCCUUAAGUGGUUGCAUUCUCCUUGGUUGCUCGUGUCUGGGGAAGGAGGUCCACAGCUGCGGCCCCUGUUUGUUUGUUAGCUGAGCAUCUGGUGUGCCAAAGCUACGUGCUUCAGAAACAUUUUGUCAUCUCUUUAAACACCAAAUAUGCAAAAAGAGUAAGAUGGUCACUCCUGUGAGUACAUGUACUUUCAGCUGGCAAUGCAGUCUGAUUUUUUUUCCUCCUUAAUGAAGCCAGUUUGCGAGAAACACUGUAUGGCAAACACAAUCACACAGCCCCAUCGAAGCACCACGAGAGGCAUCGAAUCGGGACACUGAGGGGAAACUGUUGGUGUCCAGCUGUUCGCAAUUACAUCUGUGAUUCCUUUUUGAAAGGGAAUAAUGUUUGUCUUUCACUGGAUUGCAAUGUCACUUUUGAGGAAGAAGAUGCGUCUUUAAAAAAAAAAAAAAAGUCAGACUUCCGAACACUGUUAAAUCCUUGUAGUGUAGGUGUAGAGCUCAUUUUGACACUGACGGUUGAUACCUAUGAUGAUGAAACAGUGUCUGUGUUUAGUGAUCUCAGUGGCUACACCUCCUAUACAUGUGUUUUUAUUAUUUGUAAAUAGGUCACUAUUUUAAAAAAAUCAUUUCAUAUGGAAUCAAAUAUUUCUUUGUUAGGUGGAAAAAACAAAACUCUUAAAAUGAUUGUUUUUGGAUAUUACCACAUCCAAGUACUAAUUCUUGUAAUCGGUCACAUCGGUCUGCAUGUGAAAAGAUUUGGUUAGUUUAUGUUCAGUCCAUUGUCCUGCUUGACCUUUUAGACCCAGUGUUAUCAGCAUUAUUAAAAUGCAUACCUGUGAACUGGC